CCCUUAACAUGGACACUGAGUGAGGUGACACAGUGGAUAGCACACCGGACUCACAUUCGGGAGGACGAGAGUUCAAUCCCGCGUCCGGCCAUACUGAUUUAGCUUUUGGCAGUAAAGAAAGGUCACUUGGGCUAUCUCUACUAGGGGGCAUUGGACUACCCAAGUCACCUCUUCCUAUGAACUGGAGGUGGAAAGGACUCGAACUGAAGUUUUUAUUUCAUGCAGUACAGCCAUCCAGUGUGUGUGCUCACCACAAGCUCCAGAUUCCAACUGACUUAGUAUACAGUACCACCACCAGAGAGUGCUGCCAUGACGUCAGCUGAUGAUGUGACUACCGUUAUUCAAGGUGGCAGCAUACAUUGUGUUCACCACAUGGCCUAGUGCCCAGUAGUCACCAGAGGGCGCUGUCGCCCAUGACAUCAUCUGACGAUGCGAGUACCGUUACCCAAGAUGGCCACAUACACUGUAUUCACCAUGAGGUCUAAGUGGUCUAGUACAUACUGCCACCAUCAGAGCACGUGAUCAUUCAUUCUGUGACAUAACCCAAGAUGGUGGGUGAAAUGGUGGGAACUAAUAGGAGCGCUUAAUCCAGUCACAUGCUAGACUUCAGCCAAUAGGAUGGUAGUAUCUGGUGAUGUCAUUGUAGGAGACAUAGGUGAGGCGCAGCAGCUCUGGGGCCUCAGUCUUGUUCAGUCAAUUAGCAGCAUCAGAAGAAGAAGAAGAAGAAGAAAAACAAUGAGGCAUCAACAGCAGUCGCACCACAGCACAAUCAUGCAGAACAGGAUUAAAUGGAAAGGGUCCAGGGCCAACAUGCCAAGCUCUGCGGCAACAUCCUGGCCUGUAGCCACCUCGGCUGCCAUCUCAUCAAGACCUGCAGCAACAGCCUCCAGCGUGUCUGAACCAGUAGGACCCAUGUGGGAUCCGGUAGCACACAUGGCACACUUGAUGGAGCAGGACAAGGAAUUCCUGUUGUCCGUCCCAGUCAUUGAUUUGUGUCAUGAGGACAACUGAUCUGCACCCGACACAUCAAAUGCUGUCGCUGGUAGUGUUAAACAACAAGAUGGAAGUCAGUACUGGUCUCCAACAUAUGGCCCAUCCUGGCAGAACAUCUCUGUGAUAGUGCAACCACAGAGUGCUGAUACUGUGGAUAAGAAGGCGUCGAUUUCACCUACACUUUUGACCUCCACAUGCAAUUUAACUCCCAGUGGAUUGAAAUGUGUGAACGUUGCUAUAGAAGAGCACCAUGUCUGGGGGUUGCAUGUGAGAAUGGAGGUUGAAAAUGUAUCCAAAUGUGUUAAAGUGCCAAUUUCUGUGUUCGACUGGGAUGAAAUAUGUCGUGCAGAGAGCUACAUCAAUCAGCAGAUGACUGCAGAGUAUUAUCCAACUCGUUCUCCCCAGACAUUCGCCUUACUGGUGUGACACUUUCUAUUACAACAGUAUAUGAUGACUGUGCGUUGUGUGUGAAAUUCGGUCGCAACUGUGUUUAUCUAAGAUGUGCCUCAGUAAAUAAAUGUCGUGUGACUAGGGCCUCCUGUCGGGUAGACCGUUCGCCGGGUGCAAGUGUCUCGAUUUGACGCCACUUUGAAGGCUUGUGCGUCGAUGGGGAUGAAAUGAUGAUGAUGAUUAGGACGACAUAACACCCAAUCCCUGAGUGAAGAAAAUCUCCAACCCAGCCAGGAAUCGAACCUGGACCCUUAGGAUUGACAUUCUGUCGCACUGACCUCUCAGACGUGCCUCAGUUAUGAAGUUAUACAAUCUGGACACUGUCAUUCGUCUUGCACAGGACAGACUGAACCAUUGGCUGCCAGCAUAGACUCUGCAUGCAGUAAUGUUGUAAACUCCCUACAUGUGCAUAGUAUACAUGUUGACAAUCUUAAGCAACACCUUUGUUCGCAAAUGAAUGCUAAACCUAAAGAGAAACAUAUUAAGUGUGUGUGUGUGAAAAAAACCUAAGUAACCUGAGUGCUGUGAGCCAUUGGGAUAACGGAAGCGUCCGAUUCCACCCGUCUGCUUUGACCAAUGACGUUACCAAUAUGGCGGAAACGACAUUCACAACAACUCCCAUACUGCUCCUAUGAUGUCAUCACAUAAACAUAACACACGAAAAUAGAUCGAAAAACCACCAGACAGACAUUCCUCCAAAAAUAUAAUGA